AAUUUUCACGCUAGCUAUUUGUAUCAGACAAAUUUUGUGCAUCAUAAAAAUCCAAUUAGUUUUAUAAAAACGCAAUCAAACGAAAUAAAUCAUACAAAUUUUUAAAGAAUAUUAAUGAAAGCAUAAAAAUGUGAUAAGUGUGGCUCAUCGUAAUAGAGAAAAGUGAAAAAAAUCUAGUCAAAUAAUGAAAUGACAAUCAGGAAAAAAGAAGGGAAGGCGUAAUAUUGCACUGUCUAAUUUCAUUCAUAAUUGGAAAAAUAAAAUUUGCAAACUUCAAACUUCUAACAAUACAUAUUAAGAAAAAAAUGAGAAGUAGAAAGUGGUAACUAAAAUAAAAAUACUUUUCCUCCAUAAAAAUAAAUAUAUAUGUGUGUUUGGUAAUAAAGUAAUUGUGAGGAGCUGAGAAGUGUGGAAAAUCGACGUUGUGGGUGGUGGGUCCAAGGCGAGCUGUUGGAAAGGGCGACGUCGUAGUGGUUAGAGAUUAUAUUGUGGACAAGUCAGACACCACUUUCCCACUCCCACACAUUCUUUCAUUUCCGCCUUACAAUAUAGCAGUCGCACGUCGUAUUGUGUCUCAAUAGUGUAAAUCGCUUGAAAAAAAGUAUGCAGAAAGUAAAAGUUGGAUUAAGAAAUCACAAUUAAACUGUGCCGCGUAAAUUUUCUUUAACAUAAAUAGUAAAUUAGAAGUCACAAUGGACGACGACACAAUGCUCAACAAUCACGGUCCUCAGCCUGGUGCUGAGACAGUUUAUGGCACCGAGGAUAACAAUAUGGUCAUGUCAGAAAAGAAUGAACAGGUUGUGAGCAUCGUGCAACAAUUAGCCGGUAGUAUAUAUCAAGAAUUCGAACGCAUGAUUAAUCGCUAUGAUGAAGACGUGGUGAAGAAUCUUAUGCCACUACUGGUGAAUGUCUUAGAAUGCCUGGAUGCAUCAUAUCGCAUAAAUCAGGAGCAGGAUGUUGAAUUGGAGCUGUUGCGGGAGGACAACGAACAGCUGGUUACACAGUAUGAGCGCGAAAAGAGUGCACGCAAACAAUCCGAACAGAAGCUGCUGGAAUCGGAGGAUGUGGCUGAACAGGAAAACAAAGAGCUGGCAAGCCGCUUGGAGUCACUAGAAAGCAUUGUGCGCAUGCUCGAAUUGAAGCAUAAAAACAGUUUAGAACAUGCGAGUCGCUUGGAAGAGCGCGAGACCGAACUGAAGAAGGAGUAUAAUAAACUGCAUGAACGUUAUACGGAGCUUUUCAAAAAUCAUGUUGACUACAUGGAACGCACCAAAAUGCUCAUGGGCUCUACACACUCACAAAUGAGUUCGGCUUCGGAGCGCUUAGAAAUGAAUCGAGCCAGGUUAAAUCCAAUUGCUCGGUCAUCCGGUCCAGUAUCGUAUGGCUUCGCGUCGCUCGAGAACUCCGCCAUGCUAGACACAGAGACAAUCUGUAGUGUGGGCAGCAAUUCGGAUGAUUCGGGGCCACCAUCAUUGCAAAAUGAAUUAGACAGUUUGCAGACGGUGGAGCGUGCGGCUGAGACGGACACAUUGCAACAGCAGAAUCAGGCUACAUCACCGCAAAGUGAAACGAGUCCCGUUGUGCCAAAUGCACCAGCCAAUGUUGGGCGUUCAACAACCAAAAAGGAGCAACGCUCUGCUAAUACCCUAUACCAAGAGUUGUCCUUUCAAGAUAACGAAGAGAGUGAAGAGCAUGAAGUUGUUACAGGAAGCUGGGUGCAUCCUGGAGAAUAUGCUUCUUCGGCUAACGACAACUAUUUCGGCAUGGGCAAAGAAGUGGAAAACCUCAUCAUGGAGAAUAAUGAACUCUUGGCAACGAAGAAUGCUUUGAACAUUGUUAAGGACGACUUGAUUGCCAAAGUCGAUGAGCUGACUGGCGAAAUUGAGAUACUGCGCGAAGAAUUGAAUGCAAUGCAGCAAUCGCGCAACAAAUUGCGUCAGAAAGUGAGCGAGCUGGAGGAGGAGCUGAAAAAGACAAAGGAACAAGUUAAGCAACAAAAUGACACUGAACAGGAUGAGAACGAUGUACCAUUGGCUCAACGCAAACGCUUCACGCGCGUGGAAAUGGCGAUGGUGUUGAUGGAGCGCAAUCAAUACAAAGAACGUCUGAUGGAACUGCAGGAGGCGGUGCGUUUAACCGAGAUUUUACGCGCCUCACGCACCGUCGACAAUUUGGAUAAAAAAUCCAAGCAGAGCAUAUGGAAAUACUUCAGCAGUUUAUUUACCCCCUCCAAUCGCCCGCAGGAGCGCGUCGCUGACGGGCAAGGAGGGGGGCCUAUGUUUCGCUACUCCAGCCCAGUUCACAGCCAUGGAUCCCCCAGUCGAAAUAGCGACAAUCGCCUUGCCAUAACCGGUGCACGCGACAAUGCAAAUCCACCACCACAUCCCGCCAGUGCGGGUCUAGCAAAUGCAUUGAUCACAAAAGACUACUCCGAGGAGGGUACAUCGGAACGCGCAAGCGCACGACGGCGUGAACAAUAUCGACAAUUGCGUGCACAUGUACAGAAGGAGGAUGGUCGUUUGCAAGCCUACGGCUGGAGUUUGCCUAUAAACAAGACAAAUCAAGAGCAACAGAAUCGUCACUCUGGCGGUGUGCCGGUACCAGUCUAUUGCAAUCCUUUGGCCGAGGCGUCGCCGCAUAUGAAAGUGUUCUGUGCCGCCGGUGUGAAUCUUAACGGUGGCUUUACCAAAGAUGGGCGUUCAGUUAUACCGUCGACGUCUUCAUAUGACCCACGUUCUACAGCUAAAAUCGCAGAAAUUACCAGUCCUACAGCAGAGCACUCAGCCGAGGCCCUCGAUCGGCAAAUAAAUCGUGCGAGUUUGGCCAAUUUGGAGCCAGAAACCCAAUUAUCAUCAUAUGUGUGGAUUUGCACGAGCACGCAUGCGGCGAGCACAGUAACAGUGGUGGAUGCCAAUCAGUCGGCAGUUGUACUAGAUGCAUUUCCCAUAUGCGCAUCACAUAUGCUUUGUAUUGCCUCUGUGCAAGGCGCAGUGGAGAAGGAUUACGCGCUGCUCGAGAACUCUGAAGUGGUUAAGGCUGGUGAAAUGUUGGAGCGUCCCGGCGAAGGCACCGAGUUAUUUGGCAAGGUUGAGUUUGUGCGUGUACGUCCAAAAGCCGAUAAGAACAGUAACACUAACAAAAGCGCCCGCGCAGAUGAACAGGCAGAGGAGGUGAUAGCUAUUGAAACGGCUGCGGUUGAGGAGAAUGCAAAAGAGGCUGUUGAAAAAACAGCAGAUGACACGAAAAACGCGGCUAACGAGCCAUUGGGCAAUAUACAAGAGAUUAAGGUGCGACAGGCGCUACCAGGUGCACCACAACGCUUGCAGGACGACGGCAGUGUGACCAGCGCCAAAGCGAACAUCAACAAUAACAACUUGCAGCCGUCCUUCUCGAAGCCCAUCAACCCAAUAUUGGGUACGAAAAAUCGUCAGGAUCCGCCAAUGACUUCGAUUGGGCCGACCAUGUGGAUGGGCGAUCAGGAAGGUUGGCUGUAUGUGCAUAGUGCUGUAGGUCGCUGGCAUGAAUGCUUGCAUAAGGUUCUCCUGCCCGAUGCCGUCCUAGCGAUAGUGCAUGUGGAGUCGCGCGUUGUUGUGGCCCUAGCUAAUGCUCAAUUGGCAGUGUUUCGCCGCCAAACAGACGGCCAAUGGGAUCUGAAUAGUUAUCACCUGGUAACGCUAGGUGAUCGUAAUCAUUCGAUACGUUGUCUCUGUGUGGCUGGCGAACGCAUUUGGGCCGCUCACCGCAACAAGAUCUAUAUUGUCGAUCCGAUCUCACUGAGCAUCGUCCACUCGCUGGAGGCGCAUCCACGUAAGGAGAGCCAAGUGCGACAAAUGGCUGCUACCGGCUCAGGUGUAUGGGUUUCCAUACGUUUGGACUCGACACUGCGUUUAUACAGUUCGAACACUUUCGAGCACAAACAGGAUGUGGAUAUCGAGCCGUACGUUUCGAAAAUGCUUGGCACUGGCAAGUUGGGUUUCUCAUUUGUGCGCAUUACCGCAUUGAUGGUAUCAUGCAAUCGCUUGUGGAUCGGUACCAGUAACGGUGUCAUAAUUUCGGUGCCAUUAUCGGAGGGUCAAGGCAAAUCAACUGAUCCCAAUAGUCAAAUACCGCUAUGUUGCAUGGCCAAUGCACAGCUCUCGUUUCACGGUCAUCGUGAUGCGGUUAAGUUCUUUGUAUCCGUGCCGAUGCAACUACAAAAUAGCGGGCAACUGCAAUUCACCAACAAACGGCCGGAUAUGCUAGUCAUGUGUGGCGGCGAAGGCUACAUCGAUUUUCGCAUAAAUGACAAUGAUAUGGAAAACAGUAUUCAACUGGAGGCGAAUCAAACGAUUGAGAAUCGCGGCGACAAGAGUUAUUUAAUUGUGUGGCAUGUUAGUCAACGCUAGUUUUUAAGUCCGUACACGUUUAGGAAGUGUGGCUAGUGGUUAUAUUCUUAAAUCGAUUAUUAACUAGUUGCAUUGCAAGCGAUUGGAGGCAAACAAAAAAAAAUAGUACAUAUAAUAUAUGAUUAAUUUCUUAUUUAAUCAAAGUAUGCAAAUGAUAAUCCCAGCAAAAAGUUUAUAAAUAUAUAUAUAUACAAUAUAUGUAUUGAAAGUAUAGCAAAGAUUAAAUAAUUGAUAUGAGAUUGUAUAGUAAAUAUUUUGUUUGGACUUAGCUUUGCAUUGGUAAACAUUUCGGCUUGCAUAUUUACCAUGAAUUCGUAAAGAGUGUGCCUAUUUACGGGCGAAUUUUAGGAGCUAGAUACUUGAAUGUCUUACCGUUAACUUUUUUAAAUUUCUGCUUUCAAUUUAUACACAUAAAAAGUUGUAUGUGUAGGUGUAGCUUAGGCAUUACGUACAGUGAUAAAACUCAAAUCGGUCGAGUAAACCAUAUACAUAAACAAAAAACUAACCAAAAAGACGUUUAAACGUUUUACUUACUUACAUGUAAUUAGUUUAUAGGCACAUUAAGACCUCAAUCAAGUAUGACAUAAUAAAAUAUAUAUACGUAUGCUUAUUGACAGUAGAUUUCUAUGUUUUAAUCAAAUAAAAUUUACAACUUAUACCGUGUUAUAAGCGUUCUUUUUUUGUUAUUUUUUCUGCUAUCCCUACAAAGUAUAUAAAAGAAAAUAAUAAUAGUAAAAUAAAAAAAAUUAAUUAUUGACAUAAUUUUGACAAAUAUAAGAGUUCUUGAAUUUGAAAUUAUUUGUGGAAGCAAAUUAUUCAAAUUAUUUACUUGGAAAUACCAUAUUUAGCGGGUAAAAAUAUUUGUCUGUGGGGCCUUUUACAUAGUAGCGCUAAUAGAUUUAUUAUUUUAUUAAUUUUUUAUGCUUUUAUGAUGACGACUUUGUAAAAAUGUUAAUUUUAUACUUCUGUAGCAUUUUCUAUGUUUUAAUAAUUUCGUUAACUUCAUUUGGAGUUGUGUUAUUUCUAUUUUACGAAUAUUUUUUAUGCAUGUAUGUGCUUAGUUUUAUUUGUUAAACUCGUUCGUAAGCGUCUAUAUAAUUAACGAAAUUGUAUCUAUUUUAAAUUGAUUACAUUUCAAUAAAACUAAAAUUUCAAAAUGA